AUGGCACUUAGGAAGCUGAGGCUUUCCCCUAUGAUUGGUAAACCAAAAGAACCUGGUGGAAGCCUUUUUGAGGUUUUUGGGGUCAAGAGAAGAAAUGUGGGUUCUUGGAAUGUUGUUAUAUCAAGAUAUGCAAAUUUAUGGGAUCGUAAUUUUGAUAAAGAGAUGUUAGGUUUUGUUAAAGAUAUGCAAAUUAAGGGGAUAUGGGCAAAAGGGAUUAUAGCUAGGAGGGAGCUUCAUGGGUUUACGGUGAGAAAUGAAUUGGGUUUGGGAUUGGAAUUUCAUUUAGGAUGUUGCUCGAUGGAUAUGUAUCCGAGGAGUAAUAAAGUUGAUGUGGGUAGAAAGGUGUUUGAUAGAAUGAAGAGUAGAAAUGUUUAUGCUUGGACAACAAUGAUCAAUGGUUAUGUGCGGAAUGGAGCUCUAGAAGAAGGAUUGAUUCGAUUUGAUUCAAACAAAGAUAUGGGUUUUGAAGGUUAA